AUGUCGUCCGCCGCGGACGCAGCCAGCGGCAAGGAGGCGCCGGCGUGCGAAUCCUGCACGAGCCUGCCGGCGGUGGUGUACUGCCGGGCUGACUCCGCGAGGCUGUGCCUGCCGUGCGACCGCCACGUGCACGGCGCCAACGCCGUGUCCACCCGCCACGUCCGGGCGCCGCUCUGCGACGGCUGCCGCGCCACCACCGCCACCGCCACCGCCGCCGGCAGCUUCCUCUGCGCCAACUGCCACUUGGGGUCGGAGGAGGGACGGCACCGGGAUGGAGGCGACCCGCAGCCGCUCCACCACGACCGGGGCGCGGUGGAAGGGUACGCCGGGUGCCCCUCGAUCGCCGAGCUCGCGGCCAUCCUCGGCGUCGCCGGGUACGACGAGAAGGCGGCGGCGGCGGCCGGGGACGGCUGGUGGUGGCCCGCCUCCGCCUGGGAGGAGCCCCAGGUGCUCCGCUUGGAGGACGUGAUCGUUCCCACCACCCCUUGCCAUGGCCUCCAGCCGCUCCUCACGCCGCCGUCCCCAAAGAACCGGAGCUCCGGCGGUGAGAUGGCUGACGAGGUUGUCCGGCAGCUGGGGGAGCUCGCCAAGUUGGAGGCGGCGGUGGCGACGGCUUUCGCGGAGAUGGAGCCGGCUGACGGCGAGCAGCUGCAUCCAUGGGCGUCGCCGGAGCUUGCCAUUGGACACGCCGACUUCGGGGCUCUCGACGCUGACGCCGCCUGGCAUGAUGCAGCAACCAUCGCAGCAGUGCCUUCCACUGAGGAGCAGGAAGCGUGGAUCGCGGCCGGCUGCGACGUCGACGCGUGCCGGGCGGAGGAGGUGGAGCAGGCGCGCGAGCUCGCUGCUCCGGCGCCGGCGCCGGCCGAGCCGUGCCUGUCCUCGUUCGUGGAGAUGUCAGAGAUCUGCCCCACCAGCGUCGUCACCCUCAGCCACGGCGGGGUUGGCGGCGGCGGCACCGCCGACGUCGACAACAGCGGCAAGACAGACGCGGAGACAGCCCCGCGGCCGCAGCUGGGCACGACGGUGCCGGAGCUGGUGAUGGAGAAGAAGGGCGGCUACGACGUGGCCUACCCCGACCGCGGCACGGUGAUCUCGCGCUACAAGGAGAAGCGGAAGAACAGGAGGUUCGACAAGCAGAUCCGGUACGAAUCGCGCAAGGCCCGCGCCGACGGCCGGAUGCGGAUCAAGGGGCGGUUCGCCAAGUCCGGCGAGAUCUGA